AUGGUGAACCAAACCGAUAUCGUGCGAACCGUGAUUGAACCAAUUUCAACGGGUAAAUCCAUAAGGUAUACGAGACACCCAAACCGUCCUUUCAUCGAUGAUCUUCCUCGCUCCACACCAAAUAUCUCCCAAAGAAUGGCUACGGCUACGUAUCCGCCGCUUCCUCCAUAUUACAGGCUCUACAAGGGUUACUCUGAAAACCCUAAUUCUGCUCCUGAACCUCCUCCUCCAAUUGAAGGAACCUACGUUUGUUUCGGAGGCAAUUAUACUGUGAGAUUCCUACUUUACAUUUUCCCUUAUCACUCCUUGCAAUUUGUCAUCUUUGUGACUUAUAAUGUUCUUCCGAGCCUAGAAGAGCAAGGAGUACCUCAACUUUAUCCCAAAGAUUCAAAUGUGUUACAUAUAUUGGAGCUUGCUGAUGUUCUUGUUGAGACGCCUUUUCAAUAUGCAAAGAGAAUUGGUGAAAUAUCUUCAAUCUUCAAGAACUUACAUCACCUUCUCAAUUCCUUGAGGCCUCACCAUGCGAGAGCAACGCUUAUUCAUAUUAUGGAACUCCAAAUUCUGCAGCGGAAACAAGCCAUGGAGGACAUUAAGAGUCGGCAUGAGUUUAUUUCCAACUUUCAUUUUCACCGUAUCGCAUAA